AGCACAAUAGUCGUCUAAAUUUGUUUAGGCAAUCUCCUUUCUCGUUUCUAUUGCAUGUUACAUCCUUUAGAUUUUUAGGGGCUCUAUUUCACCUUCUUUUUGUAAGAUACAAAGGUGAUCUAGUAUUUGAGAUCAAGGGGAGGUGAUUGCACUUUACCGAGAUGGACUUCGCCCUCAUUACUGGUCUUAAGAUUGGAGAUCUAACUGUACCGAAGAAUCGUUAUAGUACGGGUUCAUUAAGUGACAAAUACUUCAGAGAAUAUCCAGUAUUAAAGAAGCAACUAAUGGAGGUGUUUGAGAGAUUAGUUGACACCAAUGAGCAUGAGGACGUCGUGAAGGUUGCCCUACUUCUAGUUGUGGAGCACUUUCUUGGGGGAACCGAACCGAAAACCAUGUGCAACAUGGAUUAUAUUUACCUAGUUGACUCGCUAGAUGAUUUCUAUAGGUAUCCCUGGGGUAGUUUGGGAUACUAUACAAUGUCGCAAGGAAUCAAAUCUGCUGUUGCUGCAUCAAGUUCCCCUCGGUACACUGUAUGUGGUUGUGUCCUUCCUCUACAAGUAUGGGCAGUAGAGAUAUUACCGGCCCUACAAGACUAUGUUGUUUCGUACGUUCUGUAUAAAAUUCCACGCUUCAUUCAAUAUCGAGGCUGGAAGGGUUGGAAGUAUAACAGAAUACAUACUAUUUUCGAGAGUAAAGCUACAACAGUAGUAAUGAAAUUAGAACCAACGCUACGAGAAUGGGAAACGGAUGCCAUUCGCUCUGUGCGUGAUAAUUUCCAGCUUACUGAGACCCAGGAAGAUGAUGAGGAGGGUAAUGAGAUUGAUCACGAGGAGGGUGACGAGUCAGAUGAUAGCGAUGAGAAAGGCGAGGAGGGAGAGGGACCGAGGGGUGGUAGACCGAAUGUUGUUCUUAUGGAGGAAUUUAUGAUUGAGAGGGAAGAGUUGAAGAAGGAGAGAGAGGAAUUGAAAAAUGAGAGGGACGAAUUGAGAAAAGAGAGGGCAGAGAUGAGAAGGAAAAAAAGCAUUGUUUGAUGACAGGGAAACGUUACUGAGGAGGGAGAAGGAAUUGUUCUUUGUGGACAAGGAAUAGUUCUUCAAGGACAAAGAAAAGUUAGCGAAUGAGAUGGAGGAGUUUAAUAAGGAGAAGGAAGGUAGUCGUACACAGAGGGGACGUAAUGUGAUGGAGGAGGAGGGUGAGGAGUUGAGGAAGAGAGUGGAAGUAAAUGAUAUUGAAGAUAAAGAACUUGGACAUGUGGAUCUUAAUGUGCAAUCGUAUAGUAAUGUCAA